UUUGGUUCAGGCAGAGGGGAGCAAGCUAUAUAAAGCAAGCAGAGCUGGCUGCAGGGCACUGCAAGCCAGCAGGGCUUUCCCAGGAGCCGUCAGAAGGAUGAACUCUCUCCUCGGCCUCUCCAUGCUCUUUGUGUGGGGCUUGUCCCCAGCCCACGGGAGCCUCUUGCAGCUGCACCAGAUGAUCUCACAGGCGACAGGGAAAAACGCUUUUGUGUACUACGGCUUCUACGGCUGCUACUGCGGGCUGGGGGGCAGGGGGCAGCCCAAGGAUGCCACAGACAGAUGUUGCCAGCUGCACGAUGCUUGCUACGGCAGCCUCCUGAGGCACGACUGUGAUGCCAAGGCACGCCCCUACUACUACAGCUGGCACCACGGCAGGCUCUCCUGCGGUGAGUACGGCCCUGCAAGAGGGGGUGCCAUCCCCCCAAGGCCGGGGCUGACCCUGGGCUCCCCCUGUCCCGCAGGUCAGGGCUCCCGGUGCGACUUCUUGUCCUGCGAGUGCGACCGCAGCCUGGCGCUGUGCCUGAGGAGAAACGCCUGGAGCUACCAGAGACGCUACAGGUUCUACCCCAACUGGCUGUGCCGGUGAUGGGAGCUGGGAUGCGGCCCCGAAACGCCAGGAGCCACCAGAAACGCUACCGAUUCUAUCCCAACAAUCUGUGCCCGUGACGGGAGCUGGGAUCGCCCUCCAUCCCUCCGCCUGUGCUGGCCACACCAGAGCCGCUGUAAAUUAAACCAGCGCGGAAAUAAACAGUGCUCUUGUUCAACAUCCCCGGUCCUCUGAGAGCUGCUGCUGGGCAGGGAGAGAAAUCCCCGUAAAAUAAUCAACAUCUUCCCAAAACUUUCCAAGAACUCGGGCUCGGCCCCUGCGUCACCCGCGGCAGAGGGGGCUGGCCGGGGAAGGGGCGUAGCACUCCCGGCUUGGGACAGACGAGUCCUCCUGGAGCCUCCAGCUGGGCUGCGCACGGAGGGCAGGCUCGGCCCGGCAGGACAGACGGACAGCGAGCAAGCGGCCCAGGUGAGAGGAAGAUGAAGGUCCUGCUGGUGCUGAUGAUGCUGUUUGCCUGCAGUGUGUUCACAGCGCACGGGAAGCACCCACGCCCGUUCACACCGGGACUCGAGGGAAGCACCGUAGGAAACCUGACUGCCCACGGAUGCUACAGGGGAUGGGGCACCUCGAGGGCUUCGGUGGAUCGGUGCUGCCUGCUCCGAGCCUGCUGCUAUGCCAGGCUGGCAGCGCGGCGCUGCCCAGCGGGACCGGCCCAGCCGCUCUCUGCGCCCCG